AUGGGAUUUGGUAAGAAACGGAUUGCAUGGAUAAAGGCUUGCCUCAAUUCUGCUAGAGCAUCAGUCUUAGUCAAUGAAAGCCCCACUAAAGAAUUUGAUAUUCAACGUAGAUUACGCCAAGGUGAUCCAAUGGGACCUUUUCUUUUUAUCAUUGCUAUGGAAGGUUUGCAUGUUGCUUUUGACAAUCUAGUCAAAAAUGGUCUUCUUUGUGGUGCUAAGAUCAAACAGUCGAAGAACAAUCUUAAUCUUGCUUCCAAUGCCCUCGGAGUUUUUUACGCUAUUUCAGGUCUCAAAAUUAAUUUCCAGAAGUCGUCGAUUAUUGGUGUCAGUGUUUCUCAUGAUGAAGUUUGUCAUCUAGCUAGUCUGAUUGGGUGUAAAUCUGAAAGCUUGCCAUUUAAGUAUUUGGGUAUACCCAUGGGUGGUACUUCCAAGCGGAUUUCUUUUUGGGAGCCUAUUAUUACAAAAUUUAAAAAACGGCUUUCGAGUUGGAAGGCUAAUCCCAUUUCCAUAGGUGGCAGGACUACUUUAGAUAAAGCGGUUCUCGGCUCUUUAGUCAUAGCUGGUCUUGGUGGAGCAUCAUUAGAAUCAUCCGAAUCAGAAUCACUGUCAUCAUCAGUCCUAUUCUCUGGUUGA